GGAAUAUUGAGACUCUUGUUGAGAUCAACCCAGAAUCAGUAACGUGGAGGUUAAUGAAGACGCUCGUUAGGAUUUAACUGCAUUUCACGAAAUCGGCAGGAAAAACAACGUGAAGCCCCGACAUAUGUGUUCUUGCCGGGCCAUACCAAGCAGUGGACCAUGAUGGAUCGAAGAAGAGCGUUGACUAUUCCAUUUAAUGUUGAUGAGGAUAACUUGAUGGAAAGCCCACUAAAAAUAUCCAAGAUCUGUCUUUCAUCGCAGUGUGGGAAGUUAGACAGACAGGUUUCCUGGACAGCAUUUGCAGGAAGUAAACUCAGACAUCGUGAUUCAGAGCAUAAAAAUGGAUCCAGGCUGUUGGAUGACAACACAGCAACUAUGGUGACUUUACAAAUGGCCAUGAGGAAACCCUGUCUCGUCCUGACAGAUGUCCUAAAGACAGAUCUGGGCAAGACUUAUAUGGAAAAAAUUAAACCGAGUCAUACCCGAGGAAAUGGAGGACAAAUGUCAAGUACGUUGAAGGAGAGAGAUCGGUGUAAAGAAGUUCCUGGGGUCUGCAGAGAACUGAGGACUAUUCACGGAGAGGCCAAACAGGACAAGAGAAAUGGCAUAUGCUGUAAACGCAACCAGACGCCCAACUCACCCUCUCAAAGGUCAAGACCCAGGAGAAGGUCCCAGAAUAUUGAUUACAAAGAGGACAGAGACAAAAACAAAGACGUCAAGGAGAUGAUGAUCGACAACAGCAACGGAGAAAGCUACAAAUAUGCUGAAGUCGUAGAUUGUGGGUUGUCGGUGAGAUGGGAGCCUGCUGAGAACAUGAGAGAUUGUUCUGAGUUUUCCCCAAAGAUCAAGGAGAAGUGGACUGAACCGGAAAAAGAAGUUCAGCAAAGUGUGAAGAGAAAAAGGAACGAUUCAGUGUCCCUGCGCAAUGGCACAGUGAGCCCAAAACGGCCCCGUGAGAGCGUGCUUCGUCUAACCAGAGAAGAUGGAAGAGACAGAGUACCGACUCUACCUGAAAUUUGUGUGGCAGAAAGUGAAGAAGAUGGAGAUUCUGAAAACGUGGACCGUACCAUUGUACAGUUCACUGUGGGAGGGGAUGAUGGAAGAGAACUUCUGGUCCCGAUCAUCACUCCUUAUUUGGACGCCAUCAACACCCAAAGAGAUCGAGAGUCCAGCCAGGACAGCACAACCAAAACAAGCAGCCCUUCUGACCUAAUUGUGCUGUCCAGUGAUGAUGAGGAGAGCGACAAUGUUCCUCCACACUGCAGACCACCGGUUACACUGGUCCCUAUGGAAGAUACAGUUAAACAGCAGGCUGUGAUCAGACAAGAUGAUCGUGACUUACAGGACAUGCAGGUGCUGCGUGUAGUUGUCGACAAGCUUCCUGUUUCGGUGGCACGUUGUCCCAUCCCCACCAUCGACCACUCCUGCAUGAGCAUAGCCUUCUCCACCCUACACUGUGGCGGCUACCGAGGGAAAGCAAAUGGCAACUUCAUGAUGGCAGACCAUGGCAUCAUCAUCCCUCUGAAAGACCCAAAUGAACAGGUGGAGCUGAUAUUAACGUUUGAGCGCAAAGCUCUGAGGAGGUACAGUGUCUGGGAGGAGCAGGAGAUGGAGAUGCGUGAGCUUCACUUUAACGGUGACGAGAAUCCCCUCCCUGCUGCCGUCCUCGUGCUUUGUGUGUCAGACACCGCUGCAGCUGAGAUACAGCACAUCCUCAGCAAGCUGUCUGUCGAACAGGAUGGAAACACUAACCCUGGCACAGCCAGCCCCUUCAUCCUGCUGACUCUGAGACAUCCUCUAGAAGGAAUGGAGGGUGCUUUGUUACGCUCCCUCCUGGACAUCGACUGUCUGAACAGUCUGACACAUAAACAUUCUCUGGGAUCCCUCGGCUCAGACAGAUUCAGUGUUUGGGAAGAGAUCCAGACUCCUGUUCUUUGUCUUGAUGAUAGCAUUGAACUGAUCAGAAAAAUUGGACUCGACUCACACCUGCUGUGUCUGCUGGGCCUCGAGAGCCCCGACCCUGAACUUGACGCACACAGUUCACACUCUGACACAGAGGAAAACAACAUGCUGCAGAUCUGUCAGGAGGUUGAGCUGCAAAAUGAGACGCCCCUGGAGCCGGAGACGACAUCAGAGGAAGACAGAGGGACUGAAGCCAAACCUGAGGAGGAUCAGAAAGAAGAGGAUGAAUUGCCGUCUGAGAAGAAAAAGGAGGGACCCACCCCUGUAUACACACUGUGCCAUCGUCGCAGCAAGGGAUCGUACUCCGUGUCCCACUGUAAACCAGACUCCAGCUGGAUUAAAUAUAAACACAGGGGUCUCCCCAGCAGGUUAAUCCAGUUUCCUCCUCCUCCACUAAAAGGAGGAAUAACUGUUACAAUGGAAGAUCUGCAGUGCUUGGACAGCGGGCAGUUCCUCAACGACGUCAUCAUCGAUUUUUACCUCAACCAUGAUGAGACAGAAAAGCUGCAGGAACAGGACGAGGUUAAGAGAUCGAAAUGUCCAAAUGACACAGGGACCCCACCUCAGGAAAACCCCAGUGACAACUUGGCACUGGAGACAGAAAACACUAAAGAGCAGCUUGCCAAGGACCCACCACCUGGUCCAGUGAGGUGCACGGAGAAAACUUUCCAGAAAAGGGUCAUUUGCAAGAGGCCGUGCAUCCUCAUCAUGGAUUCCCUCAAACUUUCUCUUCACGAGCGAGUCUUCAAACUCUUACGGGAGUACUUGCAGUCGGAGUGGGAGGUCCGUCGUGGCUCAUCGAGGGAAUUUAGCCCAGAUCAGAUGAAAGGUUCACACUGUCAAGUUCCCCGUCAAGACAACAGCAGUGACUGUGGCCUUUACCUGCUGCAAUACGUCGAGAGCUUCUUGAAGGACCCGGUGGUUCACUUCGAUCUCCCCCUACGCCUAGAGCGAUGGUUCCCUCGACAGCAGGUGCGGCGGAAACGAGACGAAAUCAGAGACCUGGUACUUAACCUUUACAGAUGGCAGAAUCUGGACAGUGACAAAUAGACCCGGGAGCAGUUUGGCUGCUUGCUUCAUCACAUCCCCUGUAGCUAUUACAAAUCACUGCUCACACUGGGUGACGGACAUUUCAGCGUGAACCCGGAGAUAUUCCUUUUAGGUUCCAUUUUGGCAUUAGACACAGUAACGUGAACAACACUUUGACUCUCUGUGGCUCCUGUGAUUGAAUAUCAAGGCAGCAGUAAAUUCUGUAAUAGCCAGAAAUGCAAAUGUGUGUACACCUAGUGACCUUUUAUUGAUUGUUUUUAUUCUGCAAAAUAUUUUAUAAAAGGCAUUAUUUGUAACGGA